AUGCCACAUAUCGAUGAGAUUGUCGAUACGGAGGUGAAGGAGCUCUGGCGUCCUUCCGCGCCGGAAAAGACGCAGAUUUAUGAUUUCAUGAACAAAGUGAAUGAGAAACACUCGUUGUCUUUAAAUGAUUAUCAUGGCUUAUGGCAAUGGAGUAUUGCCGAGCCGGCUAAAUUCUGGGAAGAUAUCUGGCAUUAUACUGGAAUCAAAGCCCAUAAGCCAUAUGAUGAAGUUUUGAAGUCGGAGAAUUCACUUUUUCCGCGUCCUCAAUUUUUUGAAGGGAGCACUUUGAACUUCGCCGAGAAUCUCCUUUACCCGGCUACUUCGCCAGAUGAGAACUCUAUUGCUGUGAUAGGGGCUACCGAAGCAGAGCGCGAAUUUAUCUCAUGGAAAGAACUCAGAGAAAGAGUCCGUAAAUGUUCCAAUGCCCUCAAAAAAGCUGGUCUGCAAACUGGCGAUCGCGUGGCUGGAUUCGUUGGUAACCAUGCAAAUGCCGUGGUAGCAAUGCUGGCUGCAGCUUCGAUUGGUGCAUACUGGACCGGCGUGUCUCCAGAUACUGGCGUGCAUGCUGUUCUAGAGCGUCUCAAGCAAAUUGAGCCUAAGAUUCUGUUUGCCGACAACGCAUCACUGUACAAUGGCAAAGUUCAUGGAUCUCAUGCGAAGGUCCGAGAAAUCGCCUCAGAAUUGCCGAAUGUUGAAGUAUUGGUAGUCAUCGAGACGGCCAAGUCUCUCGACUUCAACCUUGAGGAAGUUCGACCGAAAAAUGGCAAGGCCGUCACAUACGGCACCUUUGAAGCUAGUGUUCAGAAUCAAGCAGCUCCCCUGGAAUUUGCGAGCCUGAGACCUGAUCACCCAGUGUACAUUUUGUACUCCUCUGGUACAACGGGUGCACCAAAGCCUAUUGUACAUGGAUCACUGGGGACAUUGUUGCAGCAUAAGAAGGAGCAUCUGCUUCACUGUGAGAUUCGACCCGGUGACCGGCUGUUUUACUUCACAACUACGACUUGGAUGAUGUGGCAUUGGCUUGUCUCUGGUCUAGCUAGCGGUGCGACUAUCGUUCUUUAUGAUGGAUCACCAUUCCGACCCUUUGAUAUCGAGGGAGGAAACGGGGAAAUGGCUAUGCCAAGGCUUAUCGACGAACUCAAGAUUACCCAUUUUGGUACAUCGGCCAAAUAUCUUUCUAUGCUGGAGCAAGCUGCUUUGAAUCCGCGAAAGCAUGCAAAUCGGUCUGUUUCUCUCAAGACACUCAGAGCUAUCUUUAGCACUGGAUCCCCUUUGGCGCCAUCGACAUUCGAAUACAUCUACUCUUCCGUUCACCAAGACAUAAUGCUGGGUUCCAUUACAGGUGGUACGGAUAUUCUAUCUUUAUUCUGCUCCGGAUGCCCUAUUCUUCCCGUAUACAAGGGAGAAAUUCAAUGUCGCUCGCUCGGAAUGGCCGUAUCUGUUUUCGACUACGCUGGAAAUGACAUUAGUGCGUCAGGCGAGCCGGGUGACCUAGUUUGCACAGUACCUUUUACCGCACAGCCGGUCAUGUUUUGGCCACCCGGCCCAGCAGGACUGGAGAAGUAUCGCAAGAGUUACUUUGAUGUGUUUGGUCCCUCUAUCUGGCACCACGGAGAUUUUGUACGUGUGAACCCCCAGACUGGUGGUGUGGUUAUGCUUGGUCGCAGCGACGGCGUUCUCAAACCAUCUGGUGUUCGUUUUGGCAGCGCCGAAAUUUACAACAUAUUGUUAAAGCAUUUUGCGGAUGAAAUCGAGGACUCGUUAUGCGUUGGCCGAAGACGCGAAGGUAUUGACACUGACGAAACGGUGGUUCUCUUCGUGAAGCUGGCUCCUGGUAGCACCUCAGAUGUCUCGAAACUGGCAGCGCAGAUUCAAGCUAUCAUCCGCAAGGAACUGAGCCCUCGUCAUGUUCCAGGAAUUAUCGAUGCCUGUCCCGAGAUUCCUGUGACCUCUAAUGGCAAGAAGGUUGAGAACGCGGUUAAGCAAAUUUUGUGCGGGCUAAACAUUAAGAUCGGUGCAAGUGUAGCCAAUGCUUCUUGCCUUGAUUGGUACCGCAACUGGGCUUCUGAGCAUCCAUAA